AUGCGCAGCACUUUAGCGACGCUUUCUGUUCGUGCUGGCUCAACAUCUUCAACCGCUACACCACUUGCGCCGGCGUCCUCUUCCCAAGCCAUCCCCACAAUCCGGCUUAUCUCGGCUACCCCAUCAGCAGCUGGCCUCUCUUCUUCGGAAGGGAGUAACACCUCGUUUGCAAGUUCCGAACUCAACGAUACGUUCGCAUCUAAACCUACAAUACUAGCAAAGUCGUCAUCCUUAUCCCUCAAGCCCAAGGCAUCUAGUUCCUCGUUGAACCCUGCGAAUAAAGGUCGGCUCGUCCCCAAGAAGUCGAAGCUUUCACUGCUUGGUCUAGGAAGCAGUAGCCAAAAUGGGUCACAGAACGGUGGACAGACGACGGAGAAGGAUCGAGAUCUCUCCGACGUGCUGCGACGCGUGGGCGUUGGCCACGAAGGAUCGAGCAAGGGGAAGGGGGGAUUCGAGAUAUACGUGGAUCCUACCGAGGACCCGGAGUUCGGAGAGAUAGUCAUGAUUAGGAAGAAGAAGAGUCGGGCUGGGCUAGAUGGCGUGAGGUGGGGAGACGAAGGCGCCGAGAGAGCAGAUGGGCCGCUGAAGGAGAAGAAUUCCAACGUGCAGAAUGGGGGCAAGAUGCAGGAGGGAGGGAAGGAGAAGUGGUGGACGAUCGGCCGGGGAAAGAAGGAGGCAAAGGACAAAACACAGAAAACCAAGGCCAAGUCCCCCCUCUCUCAAGUUCUCGACGAGAACUCCAAUGCCUCGACAACGACUUCAACGACGCGGUUCAAUUCCUUCUCGAAGGUUUUGCCGCGAUCAUUCACACCAGAACCUUCGACUACCGCUCCGGAGCGGUCACGAUUCAAUUCUCUAGACUCAACCACGCUCCUGACGUCCUCUAAGCUUCAACCUAUAACGAAUCCUAUCCACAAUGGUAGCUUACGCGCUACCUCCAAUCCGUCACCUGUCCCCUUGAGCAUAUCGCGAUCCACGCAAUUGGAGAACCGACAGCCUGUCGAACCAACAUAUUCGCGAGCCGGUACCCCUACGUUCGGUGGGUUUCUUGCCCCGCCAGGUCUCGCCACAACAUCGACGGCGGGGCAGUCUGGCAGCAGCGGGAAUGCGAACGUGAAUCAGGGCUCGAUAGCCUUGCGGGCGAUGCGGUCAGUGCGUAGCCUGGCUAGAAUUGGGAGCUGGGCACAGCUCAGGAAUGGGGAUGACGAGGAGACUGCUGUAAAUAGCGAGUCCGUCAAAGGAGAAGGUAAGAAGGAGAAGCGCGACAAGGAGAAGAAAGACAAGAAAGGAACGGUGAAGAAGAGCAAGGAUAAGGCAUCCGAGAAGGAGAAGAAGAAGGAGAAGAAGUCCAAGGAGAAGUCACAAACCUUGCGCGUAUCGACGAGCAGCUUCGAAGUGGGCGCGCUGAGCCCCGCAAGGUCGCUACGUCCUCCAGUGUCCCAUGACGGGAGUCUCAAAGAGCCGAAGAGUUUAGGCAAGAAGAGAAGCACGCUGCUAGGGCUAGGGUUGCCCUCGACGAUGACGAUGCGUCUGCCGAGUGUUCGCGGAGGUAGCAAUGCUUCGUCAAUUUUGGUGAAUGGCAACAAUCCGCCCUCAAAUACCCUAGCACCUGGAACAGCAUCCGUCGGACGAGUCUUCCUUACUGGCCGCGAUCGUUCGGAGAGCGGUGCUAGUUCUUUACGGCCGAUGUCUACGAGUUCUGGUAUAUCCAGUAAUAGCGGAUACAGCGCUAGAACAUCCACCGCGAGCGAGAGAACCGGUACUUCGAGGAUAUCCAACGGAAGUUGCGCGAGUGCGAGCGUCCGGUGGGACGAGGAUGCUCUCCAGAAGAGGCGGAAAGAGAGGGAACGCGAGCGAGAGGCUGUGAGGAGUUUGGCCACAAGGGGUGAGGAAAGAGAGCGGGAACAGGAGGAGAAAGGAAAGAAGGAGAAGAAGGAGAAAGGAGGCAAGAAAGGCAGGGAGAGUAGGAGGACCAGUGAGGGUAGGAAACGGACACCCAUCAAUGAGGUGUUCCCCGAUGCCGUUUCGCUCACGCCGCCAAAGGAAAACCCAAUACUGGAAUACGAACAAGCGCGUAAGUCACCAGUACUAGAGGAAGAGGAAGAGGACGUCGAAGUGCCCGUCUGGCAAGUGCAAGUAGAGACGGCCACGAACGACGGCCACGGUGGAGUCACCGACGACGAACGUAUGAGCAGUGACACACAGACGCCGAUAAAGAAGGUUAGGAGACGGCCGAUGUCGGAGCAGCUCCUUGGCACAAUGCAAGGAGGGAGACCGAAAGGCGGCUACUUCGGUAGUGACGAUGGAACUGACGGUACAAUGUCUAUCCUCAGCGCUGCCACCAACGAGUUGGCACAGCUCAUCAAUAAUUUAGAUCUGGAGGCGACCCCCAACACGCCAGACCUAACUCCUCUACGUCCGUCGCCUUCCUUGUCAGCCACCAACACACCGUCUCAGUCGAACACCAACUCCCCAUCACGCGAAGGCCAGUCCAGGUCCCUUCUCCCUGAGAGCCCACUCAGAGGGCUGAGGGCAAGCAUGGCUUCAAUAACGUCGUUACGUCCAUACGCCCAAUCGCGAGAUCUUGAGAGACGAACGAACGAGCCUACAAUACAGUCUCAACAGUGCCACCAGUUCAAUAUUGGCGUAGAGAUUGCACCAUGGCCGACGCUCAAGUCCGUGGCGCCUAAAGAACAGCUGAAGACCCAGUCCACUGCCACCGUCACUCCAUCACGGUUGAAGCACAAACGCGCGACCAUGUUGCCUAGUCCAGGUCCUCCGCCUGCAGAACCUUCGCCCGUCUUCCAACCUCUGAAACCAGCAAAGGGGAGGGGCAGACUGGCUGAUGCAUUCGUACAACAAAGCCCGUCCGAGCCUGCCAAGGAGUUCAGAGCAAGUCGCGCACCAUCUUGCCUCACCUUUGGCUCCCAUUCCAGGUCGUCGUCGGCGAAGUCUGGCUCCGUCCUCGACGAAGCUCAACCGAGUCCACUGGGUUCCGUGUUCAAGCAAUCGCAUUCUCGCAAGAAGUCUUCGCUCUCUUACUCAGUUAGUCUCAACCCACACGAUGACGGCGAUCAAAGUGACAGCAUGCCCAUACCUCCUGAGGCUAAGCGUGUCCUUGGGAUGACGGGAACAAUGGGCGCGUCAGUCGCGGAAGGUUACGCCGUUGAACUGGACGCAUCUGACCCCGAUUCAGACAUCCCGGAUGAGCUUCAAGUUCUCCUCGCCGGCCAGUCCGACCUGGAAGAUACGAUGGAAUUCCCGAGAAGUGCUAUCACUACUGCUUCUCCCCCAAGUCUCGGGGGUGUUUUGAAUGUAUCCGCCGCAAGCGACUACCCUCCUUUCCGCGCUCAUCUCGUAGACGAGGAGGACAACCACACGGACAUCGACGCAGGUCAAUCUUCCUCUGAUGACGACGACACGAAGAAGUCCUUCGACUUCACAGGAGAGCUCAAAGUACUGAAUGAAAGCGGCGCGUCCGAUCGCAGAAGCUUCGUUGAACAGCUUGAGAACGCUUUCAAGACUCCAGCCAAGCUCGAGUUCAAAUUUGGCGAGGCAUUCCUGCAGGUCGACGUACCCCCGGUCCCAGCGCUUCCGAAGUUGAUGCACAGCCAGGAAGAGACCUCUCAAAGCAGCAGUGACCUCUUCAGCUUCGACUCGAACCCUUCCGACCAGAUCGUCGACGUGAGAGAACCUACAUUCACAGGAAGCGAAAGUCAGGUCAAUUCGGACAGUCUCGCCAUGCUUAAAAGUGCAAGCGAGUUCAUCAUGGACGUCGAACCGAUGAUGUUGCCGGGAUCUGAUAGCUUAGCACACACAGAUAGCUUGAUUUCUUCCAUCGGAGGCUCUGACCAAGGAGAAGAGGAUAUACCUCAUCCUCGCAGGUUUACUUCGUCAACAGGUUCUAGACCAUCGAUCGGUCAGUUAAACGUCGACUUCAAGUUCGGUGGUCGUCCUACGCCUCAGCCUGCCGAACCAAGGCUUCUGACCCUCUCCGACAUCAUUCCAUCACCUGCUCAUCAGCGCAAGCUUUCAAACUCGUCUUUCUCAACCGAAGACGAUUCAGUGCUUCACUCAAUAUUGGCGAAAGCUUCGGAUCUCCCUGUGUCCAUCGCACCUCCUCUGCCUCGUCAACGGCUAGACUCAGACUGCAGUUCCAAACAGCGUGCGCGAGACACGGCCGGGACUUGUAUGGCUGGAGGACAUAGUCGUACGCACUCAGCAGAUUCAGCGAGAAUGAGUUUCGUCGGGUUCGAGUCCUUUGACGAGGUUCGACGCGGCUUUGAGUUCAGCGGACCGCGCCCAGCUUUCUAUCCCCCGCCGGCAGCGAUCAGCAACCGGAGUCAUCUACGACAAGAAUCGGGUAUGAGCUUUGCUUCGAUCUCCUCCUACGGACAUGUUAUCAACGCUGGCGUCGCCGAUCCCUUCGAUUACGCACUACCAAGCCUGCAGGAGCGUCCAUCAUCAGAGGACAUGUCCUGCUCUGAUUCAAUGUCGAUGUCGAUGUCAAUGACUGUGGAUGAUACCUUUUCUUUCAUUCGUCGUCAGCCUCGCCGCAGACGCAUUGAUAGUGAUGCGUCGAGCUUUUAUUUCCGAACCUCCAUGAUUUCGCAAAUUCAGCCAUAUGCAAGAGGGCAUGGGAGACAAGAAUCGAAUAUGUCUGUGGCCUCCCUUGCGCCGCCAGUGAGUCUUUACAACAGAAGCUUUGCAGCUCGUCACCAUCGCCGCAACUCUUCGACAACUAGCGCUAGCUCAGUGGCUCAGUCUUAUGCCAUGCAUGGCGUUGGUGGAGGCAGGGCAACCUGGGCUCGACAUCGCCAGGAUGCUUCCAUGGAUUCAAUGAUGAGCGAAUAUUCGGCAAUGCGAUUAGGACGACCUGGCUUGGGCGACAAGAUGUUCGAGACAAGCGGCGACCAAGGAAUGCCUCUAUCUGCCAUUUCCGCCUCGCCCCCCGACAGUGCCGUCGCUAGUCGAUCCAACCUUUCUGCUACUCGGGAUUCUUACGAGUAUGAUUCAAUCAUGGACAACGACCCUGUAUCCACGAUGGACGAUUCGUUGUUCGAUAAGACUGGGUACAGGAAUUCCUUGUCGUCGGAAUCGAUCUUUGGUAACGACGACUCCAAUCCUAUUCCGGGCCACCUGCUGCUUCCUCAUCAAUUCAGGCCAUUAUCUAUGCUUAGCGUGUGCAGUACUGACCGGGGACCCAGUCGCGAAGAUGAUACCAUGAUUUCGAUGAUCGGUGGUGGUCAUGUACGUCGACAGUCGAUUAGUUCUGUCAUCGAGGGCUCCCCUUGCGUUCGCAUGGGAAGGAAAAAGAAAGAUUUGAAUUCGGUCUACGAUUCCCCUGGGCAGGCGCGCAUUGUGGAGAAGCCGUCGAUUGCUUCGACCUCGUCCUAUCAAUUCGGCGGUGAGCGUAUGAUCAAAGCGCAACGAGGUCUUCUAGCCAGACAAAGCUUGGAAGAGACAUGUCUCAUUGCUGAUGGAGAAGACUUGUCUGCAUCUUUCAUUGUACCUGUUUUCUCUCGUCCCGGUCCAGCAUCCCGAUCUCGCUCCAGCACUUGCACUUCGAGCUCUGGCGGCGACACACCUCCCCUCUCUGCUUCAGAUGGUUCUUCAAUCUCUGGCGGCUCGCAGUCAAGCAUCGAUUUGAGCCAGCUCAACACCAUGUUGUCGAAUGCGACUCACCCAAUGUCGAACAUCGGCAGAGCCCGCGCUCAUGCAAGAGCAAGAGCUCGCGGACAUGGCCACCACCGUCGCAUAUCCCAAGCGAGAAUGUCCCGUUCUUCUGUCUACGAAACCAUCGAGGAGGAGAUGUCCGUCACAUCGUCGCCUCCGCACCCUACCAGCGCAGAUAAGAAAGCCACACCAGUCGCCCAACAGGCUGUCUACAUCGUGGACCCUGAGAUGGCCUCGAUCCUCGAUUCCAGCCCCCGCAGUUCUAUCUGGGACGAUGACCAGGGUUUGGUUGCCCUCAGACGCUACUAUGCGCUGCGCGACGAAGCUGAAGUUACGGUGACAGAGAGCAAGAGACAGUGGAUUGAUACGCCCUUUUCUAUCUUUGCGCUACAGUCCUUCGACCCUCCCAACCAUCCGUCGGGAAUGCAGGCCCUCCUUGAGCACUCGGUGCAGAACUACGGGCCCCUUCCUUCGGAGCUUCGACCGCACCGUGUCCGGUCGCGCACGCAGUCUCGAGCCUCGCCGUACCCUCCCUGUCGCACAUUUAAGGUUACAAUCUCCCCGGAACAGCAACCACUCGAACACCAGCGUCCAUUCACCAAGGAGACACGGCCUUUCGCACCGCUGCAACAGCUCAACGUAAACUCUACUGUUGAUCUUUCCGUUCUGCCAGUUCCUCAGGCGGACAAGAAGGUCAGGUCCCCGAAGAAAGGCAGCGUCGCAUCGGAGAAGAACCGCGAGAAUGCAUGGGGCUUGGCCCCCAACGCCCGUCCUCGCGUCGGGUCGGCAGCCAGGCGGAGUGCUUUGGGAUGGGCAAAGCGUAGCGGCAGCGCCAAAUUAUCGACCGAUCAGAAGGAGAAUGUCGGGCAAGGGUCGAUGGUUAUGAUGACGCCGGGUGAGACUCUGCGCCUCAACCGCCCUCGUCCACGGGGACGGGCUACGCCAGCAUCGACGCGCCCGAAACCAAUCCGCGUAUAA